UGCUUUUCUUGAUUUGUCCCUGCAGCCAGUGACCUGGGAAGCUAUAUAGCCGAGCGAGCAUGUACCGACGCCGUGUACUGGGAGCAAAGAAGGAGGAUGAUGCUUCCCAGCUGCCCGUCACCGAAGUGGCUUCUCAGGUUUUGCCUGAAGCCAGCCUGAAGGAUCUCAAUGGCGAGGGAAGCCCCUUGAGCUGUGGCAGCCCGAUAGCCAACGUGCAGGGUUGUCCAGGAUCGUCUCGCAGCACGCGCACUUGCUGCUCCAACUGGACUGACUUCAGGUGUGGGAACAUGGAGAAGCCAGGUGUGGCCAAGACGGAGCGCAAGCAGCAGCGAAGGAUGCUUCACCAGCUGCAUCGAUGCAUGGCACAGUCUGGUGUGGUUGCCUUCUCCCUAGCAGCAGCGGCCUUGCAGAGACGAACGGACAAAUUUGCAAAGUUGGAUGAGGUCUCCAAGUUUAAGAGUCGUCGAGGUGGUCUGGCCGGAGGACGUCUACCAGAUGCAGGCACCUCACCCAUGGCUGCUGCCAGGUUUGCGGCAAGCGUUCUCUGCUCCUAUCUGGUCCACUUGGUGGCGUUGCUCUCACUUUGCAUUCGCAAUGUGCAGGAGGCCAUCGGAGACUCCCCCCUGCGUCGCCAACGCUUGGCCACGAGCCUUGAUCUCUCCGACGAAGUGCCCCUGGCCCUGUUUUGGGCCGUGAACAUUGUCAUCCUUUGCAGCCUGGCCUGUGGCAUCCUGGUGGCGAUGAGCUUCUUUGCGCAGGUCUUCGCAGUGAGCGACGAAAUGGCAAUCGAGGAGCCGCAGCCUCCAGAAGUUAGCUCCGGCCCGGUGAAAGUUAUGAGGCUAUCGCUUCGCAUUAUUAUGGUAGCUCUUGUAUCCUUCACCUCCGGUAUGGGCCUUCGGGUGAUACAUCCAAUCCAGUCUGCAAUGCUUUGCGGGCUGUAGAUCGGAUCAUCGCAGAAUCUGAUGGUGCCAAGCCGCUUCAUGUACCAGCAUUUGUUGAGGUUGGACAGCGUGC